UAACCACAAAGACGUAUCUGCGUUCUGAUUUUCGCUCAGUUUCUGAACUCCACUUGCUCUCAUCUUCAUGUCCUGACAGUAUCCACUUCGUACUAGUGUGGAGAGUAACAGGGCAGAGCACAGACGUUGGAUAACACGUCAUCAGACGUCCUAGUGUCGUCAUCAAGAAACAUGGAUCGCCCUCUCGAAGAAAUCGAACUCUCGACGCUGGAUGGAAAUUCCAGCAGCAAAAUCGCCGAAAAUUUGUCAGCAAUCGGUGAAGACGAUUCGAUUGGAUUACACUGUGUUGGUUACAAAAUGGCUUAUGACAAGGUUGCAGUGUUUGCAUUGUUGAGUUGUUUGUCUUGCGGUUUGCUGUUGCUUGUGACCUACUGGACUCCGUAUUGGCUUGUGAAGUUGACGUCGAGGCGGACGAAGUCUUCAGAGGAUACUGAGUGGGUUGUGCUAGAGUAUCGAGAUGGAACUCUUGUUACUGAACCAGUGAUUGUUGUGUCAAAGGAGGACUCAGAAGACUUCUUUAUGGAAGACAAAAAUGGAAUUAAAAUGAAAUCGAUUUCCAGGAAGUUGCGUGAUAGUGAAAGUGCACAGCCAUUACUGGGUGGUGAAGCUUACAACUACAGGGAAGAGGAAACAGUAGAGAACUGGAAAGAAAAUAGUGACGUGGUCUACUUCAUUCAUCAUCACCAACGUUUCCAGUUUAAUCCUGUGACUGAGAGAGCUGUAUCUAUGAUUGGACUGGUGGAUCAAAAGUGUCACGUCAUUCGGAACUCAACAGGACUGACCAACGAAGAAGUCACGAAACGGCGGGUGAUGUAUGGCAAGAACUCUGCUAUUGUGGAGGUGACACCUUAUUGGCGUCUCUUCUUUCAUGAGGUGCUCAAUCCGUUCUACAUCUUUCAAUGGGCAUCGGUCACAUUUUGGAUGCUGGAUGAAUAUUAUUAUUACUCUAUUGCUAUAUUAGUGAUUUCAUUUAUAUCACUUGGUGUUAGUCUUUACCAAACAAGAAGGCAACUGGAAGAGUUGAAAAAGAUGGCACCAGCGUCGUCUCAUCUUGUAGUGAUAAGAAAUGGUGGUGAUCGUCUGACUGUUGCAUCUGAAGAACUUGUUCCCGGAGAUUUGGUUGAGAUUCCAACUGACAGGAACUUCGAACUACCGUGUGAUGCUGCAUUGAUAUCUGGGACAUGUCGUGUGAAUGAAAGCAUGCUAACAGGUGAGAGCACAACUGCUACCAAAGUUGAAAUGUGUCUCGUAACAAACGACACGGAUGAAAACUGCAAUCCAACGUCUGAUGAUUCAGAUGAAGCGACAAGUUCACAGCCACCCACUACCACCCCAAGAAAACUUGUCCAGGCUGGGAUCGUGACUGAUGGAACUAUGUUGUCGGAUGUUGAUAUCUAUGACACUGAUAGGCCCAAUUGCAAGCGACAUACUCUCUAUUGUGGAACGAUGGUCGUUGGAACUCAACCAAGAAACAGUCAUGUGUUGGCAGUUGUUGUGAAAACCGGAUUUUCAACCGAGAAAGGCAAACUUCUUCGCUCGAUUUUGUACUCGUCAAACAUCAAUCUUGGAUUUUAUCGAGACGCCAUGAUGUUCCUUGGCAUUCUCUGCACACUUGCUGUCAUUGGGUUUGCAUACAGUUGUGUAGAGUUUGUAAGAUACAAGGAUGGUGCUAAGGAAAUUCUCUUCCGAGCAGUUGACUUGAUCAUAAUUGUUGUUCCACCUGCUCUACCUGCUGCUAUGACAGUGGGAACCAUCUAUGCUGUUGAUCGACUCAAGAAGCACAAGAUCUGCUGCACCAGUCCAGCAAGAGUAAAUGUUUGUGGAAAGAUCAAACUCGUUUGCUUUGAUAAGACUGGAACUUUGACAGAAGACGACAUGACAAUGAAAGCCGUCGUGUUGUACAACAAUCAGAGCUCUCAAACUUGGCAACGUAUCAGUGCUGGGAAUAUCUCAAGGAGACCGGAUGUGGUCGGUAAUCGUGUACUAAUGGGUAUGGCUACGUGUCACGAAUUGUCCCUAAGUGACGACACCCAAAACGGUCCAUCAGAAGACAUAGCAAUGUUUCAAUUGACAGGAUGGCUGUUAACCAGUGAGAACGUAGUCAGGUGCCAAUCUUCCAUCGGUGGUGACGCUAGUGUGCAAGAAGAAUACACAAUCGUGUCUCAAAAUCCUUUCGAAUCCGGGUUGAAACGAAUGAGCGUCGUCGUUCGUGUUGACUCUGCGUCUGGAUCUCAGCAUGUGGCGUUUGUGAAGGGAGCACCGGAAGUCAUUUGUGGCUUGUGUAAACGAUCAUUCCAGCCAAGUGAAGAUGAAAUAAAACAGGAAUUGUCAUACUGGACAAAGCAGGGCUGCAGGGUGCUUGCACUUGCAUACAAACAACUCGAGAUUGAAUCGGCAGUUGGCUUGAAACGAGUUCAGGUGGAACGUGGUUUGAACUUUCUUGGACUUCUAGUCAUGACCAGCGAUUUGAAGAAGGUGACCAAGCCAGUUGUCAGUGAAUUGCAGGGAGCAGCGAUAAGAGUUGUGAUGGUCACGGGUGACUAUAUGGACACGGCAAUAAGUGUUGCUCAGCAGUGUGGCAUGCUGCAUAUCGAUGACGAUCUCGUUUGUGUUGAACCAGUUCAUGGUGUAAAUGACGUGGAAUAUCGAAACGUUUCAAACAGAAGAAACUAUGACAGCAGUCAAAACAGUUGCAGAAAUGGUCACGUGAUACCAACCGUUAUUGAUAUCAAUUCUGAGAUUAAGUCUUCACAGCAAGUGUUUGCAGUAACCGGAGAGUCUUACCAAAGGGUACAAAACAGAUGUAGAGCGGGUGGUUUGGGUUUGAAGGAUAAAAAUCACUCAACGGAACUUGAAGAAAUUCUCGUCCGAGGGGUCGUGUUCGCACGUAUGGGACCAGAACAAAAGAAAGAGCUCGUGGAAGACUUUCAGUCACUCGGGUAUUGUGUGUGUAUGUGCGGUGAUGGUGCAAACGAUUGCGGGGCUUUGAGAGCUGCUGAUGCUGGAAUCUCAUUGUCAAAGGCUGAAGCGUCCGUUGCAGCUCCAUUUACUUCACAGGUUGAAGACAUUAGCUGUGUUCCUACUCUCAUUAGGGAGGGUCGGGCAGCACUUGUCACAACAUUUUCUGUCUUCAAGUUUAUGGCGGCUUACAGUCUCAUCGAAUUCAUUGCCGUUCUAAUGCUUUAUUCGAUCAACUCAAAUUUUGGUGACAUCCAGUACUUCUACAUUGAUUUGAUUAUCGUUCUUGUUCUUGCAUUCGCUGGCGAACGUACGAGAGCGUGUACUGACAAACUAACCAAGAAGCCACCACAGAGCAGUCUCGUGAGCUUCCCUGUCCUCUUCUCCCUACUCACUCAAACAGCACUUCAGGUCACUCUUCUCAUGUUGGCAUUCAAGUACAUGAAAUCAGAGUCAUGGUUUUUGCCUCUUGUCGAGGUGAGAGACGACGAGAACGUCGAAUGUUAUGAGAACACGGUACUCUUCUGUCUCUCGUCGUUUCUCAUGAUUAACGUGGCAAUAGCAUUUGCAACAGGAGAGCCCUACCGCAAGCCUAUCUACACAAACAGUCUCUUUGUCAUCUCUGUUGUUGUCCUGUAUGCAUUGACUGCAUACAUCACAUUGUGGCCGGCUGAUAUUUUUGUGUACCAUUUGGAGCUGAAACUUCCACCUUCUGUUACGUUUCGUGUGGCCCUGGUUGAGGUUGCAAUGUUUGGCUCCAUUUUGUCAUUCAUCAUUGAUCGUUUCGUUGUGUCAAGCAGCUGUCUGACCCGGAUGUACAAAAAGGUAAAGAGAAAAACGAAGCCUAGAUAUAAACAGAUAGAGACAGAGAUUAGGAGAAGACAUUCGUGUGUAAUUUGAAUAGCUUAGAAGAGACAAACAAAAGAAAGUUAAUAUUUAUUAAUUUGCUCAACAAGAUGGUAUUCGUAGAGUACUCUAGUGUUGACGAUACACACAU